AUGGCGACUGGGCGCCUCGGGCUCGGGGAGACGCUGGGGGCCCUGAACGCAGCGCUGGGCGCCGGCGACCCGCUCUGGUUCAAGGAGACGCACGCCCGGCACCUGCGCGCCCGCGACUUCCUGGCGCCGCGGGGCGCUCUGCGGGCGCGCUUCGGGGACGGGCAGGUCCCCGAGCAUGUCCUCCGGGCCGUCGCCGGCCUGCAGGGCCCCGGGGUCGCCCCCGUGCUGCGCUGCGCGCCGACCCCCGCGGGCCUGUCUCUCCAGCUGCAGCGGCCCGCGGUCUUUGAACGGGUCCUGGGCGCCGUGGCCACCUAUGCCGCGCCCUCCUCGUCCGCCUCUCCGGGCCCGCGCGUCGUGCUGCACUGCCCCGCCCUGCGCCGCGCCCCGGGCGCCCUCCGCCUGAGCCAGCUGCGGGCGGUGCUCGUGGCGGACCACCUGGCGAGGGUGCUGCGUGCUGCAAGGGUGUGUGUGCGCCUGGUGCCCGCCGUGCGGGACCCGCACCUGCUGGCCUUCCUGCAGCAGCUGCACGUGGACUGGCCGGCUGCCUCGCGGAGGGCCUCGCCGGAAGCCCUGCGGAGCCGCGCCUUGGCCCAGCUGCCCCGGGCUCCCAACGCGGAGGUGCUGCCGCCCGGCGUGCUAGGCCGACUGUGCCUGAAGGAGCUGCUGGACGAGCGGGGCCGCGCGGCGGGCUAUGACCCCAGCCUGGACAGCUGUCUGGUGACGGAGGAUCUGCUGUCUGUGCUGGCUGAACUGCAGGAGGCGGUGCAGGAGACUGGCCCCCAUGGCCCCGGCAGCGAGGCUGCCCUGCCCGACCUCCCCGCUCCCCGGGCUGCAGCCCCAGGCGCUGGUGUCCAGAGCUGCGUAGUUGUGCAUGUGGUGAGCUGUGAAGAGGACUUUCAGCAACAGAAAUUGGACCUGCUCUGGCAGAAGCUGGAUGACCAGGCCCCUCUCAGACAGAAGCACCUGAUCUGCGGCCCUGUGAAAGCUGCUGGCGCUCCCUCUGCUCUCAGUGUCCCCGACUACUUCACGUUCCGCCAUGCCCAGGUACGCAAGGCCUCAGCGCUGAAGCACGGCGUGGAUAUGGCACAAGACCCGGCCUGGACAGAGCGCUUGGGGGUGCUGUCUGCAGCCACCAUCAAGUUCGAGAUGCUGAGUACAGCACCACAGAACCAGCUGUCUCUGACCUUGGACGACAGCAGCAUCUCCACAAAGGGCACCAAGAGUGGCACCUUUGUCAUGUACAACUGCGCCCGCCUUGCCACACUCUUCGAUGGCUACACGCGCAGUAAGGAACAGGGCUUGUACCCGGCCCUCCCUCCUGUGGCCAGCCUGGACUUCUCACUGCUUCAGGAUGAGGGGGAAUGGUUGCUGCUCUUCAAUGGUGUCCUCCCCUUCCCGGAGCUGCUGGACCAGGCGGCAGCCCUGCCUUGCACCACCCCAGGGCUCCAGCUCACAGCCCGCACAGAGACGGUGUGCAAGUUCCUGGUGCAGCUCAGCAUGGACUUCAGCUCCUACUACAACAGGGUACACGUGCUAGGGGAACCGCGGCCCCAUCUCUUUGGUCAGAUGUUCGCCCGCCUGCAGCUGCUGCGGGCCGUGCGCGAGGUGCUGCAUGCCGGCCUGGCCCUGCUGGGCCUUCCUCCACUGAGCCACAUCUGAGGCUGAGGAGAUCUACAAAUGUUCACUGGAAUGUUCACUGGGGAGGACAACCACAGGUGGCUUUAGCCCCUGGAGCCCAAAUAAAUUGCUUCUGAGACAGUA